UUUCAACUAGAACGCAACCCUCUAGGCUCCCCCCACUCUCACCACACCUAUGGCCGAUCCGAGGCCGGCGGCGACCAUCUCCGGGGAGGCAGGGGAAGCGGUGACGAGGUGGCGAUAGGGCCGAGAGCUGAGGCGGGGAGGCUGGACCUCUGCGAGUGGGGAGCUGAGAGGCUGCGGGCCGCAGUUGGGUCCUGCAGAAGCUUCUGCGAACGGAGUCCUAGCGAUGGGCGAUGCACAGGCGGAAGGGGAGGGUCCGCGCUGCGUCGGCUGCGGCGGGCGCGUCAAGACGCUCUUCGUGCAGUAUUCCCCGGGCAACAUCCGCUUGAUGAAAUGCGAUAACUGCAAGGCUGUUGCUGAUCCCUACAUCGAGUGCGAGUUCAUGAUCAUCUUGAUUGAUCUGAUCCUGCACAAGACAAGGGCGUACCGCCAUAUUUUGUUUAAUAAGCUGAGCAUGGGAUCAUCUGUUGACAAGUUGUUAGCAGAGAUGCACACUCGUAGAGUAGUUAUGCCAGGAGGGCUCAUUUCUACAUUAAUGCAAGGAAUACUUUACCGGUCCACUUUGAUACAUAUUGCUCUUGAUGCAUUCAGAAUAUCUUUUUCGAAAGGAAACAAAGCUGAUGGAGCUUCUUCCACAAGCAUUUUCUCUACAAUUUUCAAUUGCUUUGAGGUUAUUGGAGAUGCAUUGUUAGGGAACAUCAUAUUUAUGAUUAUGUUACUCCUGGGAGUGCGGUUCAUUCUCAAACUAUCUUUUGACGUUACAAGGUAUAGAGAGGUUCUAUUCGCAGUCAUCAUUUCAAGCUACUUCAAGCUGUUUCUUUUCACAAUGAUGGUUUGGGAGUUUCCAUCGUCUGUUAUAUUCAUUGUUGAAAUGUUUGUUCUCUCAUCAAACGUUGUAGCCCUGAGAGGGGCUUUCUGUAAUCAAGUUCUCUAGUGAUGGGAUCAGACAGAUGUCCCCAGUUCUGCAUCUCGUUUCGCAGUUUCCAAAAGCCCACUGUUUUGGGGUCUGCCUCAUGGCGCAUGCAGCAAAAUACUUGACCGAGAGAUGGAUCCUCGGGAAGCCAUGAGCCUAAAGCCAUCCAGAUCAUCCUUGAACUUCAAGCUCGGCCGUGUCAGUGGAUGAACUGGUUCUCCAAUCCGUCCCGCUUCUUGAACUUCUUCUAGCACGCGGUGCAGCCCCACGCCAUGAUGAUGAGCUUAGGCUUUAACUAAUCAUUUCGAACCAAUUCUAUGUCUGUGUUGCUCCCCACCCUGUUAGCAGUUGUGGUCUUCUGGACCAUGCUACAACUGCACACGGGCUCUUGGCAUUGUUGCAGCACUGCACCGGUUGUUGAGCAAUCUUUUCCAUGUGUACUUGCCCCAAAGACGGAUAUGGCAUCUUAAUUGUAGGUUGCCGAUAAGGUGUGUCUGGCCUUUGGUCCCUUUCCCCCCUACUAACGGCCUAGGUAGCCUCUGCGUCUCCUGUUGAC